AUGGUCAGCUCCUGUUGUGGCUCCACCUGUGGUGGCCUAAGCUGUGGCUCUGGCUGCUGCCGACCCAGCUGCUGUGUGUCCAGCUGUUGUCAGCCCUGCUGCCGCCCCAGUUGCUGUGUGUCCAGCUGCUGCCAGCCCUGCUGCCUCCCCAGCUGCUGCAUUUCCAGCUGCUGCCGGCCAUGCUGCUGCCCAAAUUGCUGUGGCUCCAGCUGCUGCCAGCCCUGCUGCCGCCCCAGCUGCUGUGUGUCCAGCUGCUGCCAGCCCUGCUGCCGCCCCAGCUGCUGUAUUUCUAGUUGCUGCCAGCCCUGCUGCCGCCCCAGCUGCUGUGUGUCCAGCUGCUGCCAGCCCUGCUGCCGCCCCAGCUGCUGUGUGUCCAGCUGCUGCCAGCCCUGCUGCCGCCCCAGCUGCUGUAUUUCUAGUUGCUGUCAGCCAUGCUGCCGCCCAAAUUGCUGUGGCUCCAGCUGCUGCCAGCCUUGCUGCAGGACCACCUGUUGCCGCCCAACUUGCUGUGGAUCCUCCUGCUGA